CUUAGACUACACUAACCCCCACCAGGCAAUUACUCGCUGUUGCAGCGAAGAUUCUCUCCUAUCCUUUGAGACAUCUCCUCCCCAUCUACUCUUCUUUCACGGAUAUUUAUUCUCCCUCGAACCACCAUUACAGCUCCUCUGCUGGAUUCCUGCUGGGCCUACGCCAGCUCCACGACCGAUGAGUGCUCCAACCGUUACGAAAGCGGAAACAUCGUACCCUAUAUUUGCGGCCACUUUCGCCCACAGCCAUCCCGGCUGUUUGGUGGUCGCAGGAGGCGGGGGAGCGGGACGAAGCGGAGUUGGCAACAAGAUUACCGCCUUUGAUGUUUCCUCACGAGCACCAAAUGUUGACAGCUUUGCCGAGAUCGACCUAAGUAGGGACGAAGACUCAGUUACUUGUCUCGCGAACCUCGCAACAAAGGACGGUCUCAUUCUCUAUGCUGGAAUAAACUCGUCGGAGGCAGAUCGGCUAAAGGGCAAGAACGAACAUUUCCGCGCAUUUGAGGUCGCCUUCCCAAAGAAUAGAAGAACAAACAGUGCUAGUUCAGAGAAGAAACCACAGGGCAAAGUUUCGUUCCUUAGCAAGACAAGCUUGUUCAAGAGCUUGUCUACAGUGAGUGCGAAGAAGGAUGGAUACCAGCGUAUAGUGCGUCUAUCGCCAGCGAAGAGGAGCGCCUCGGGGAACAAGCGCAUCGGCGCCAUUGCUUCCAGCCUUGCGGGGGAUGAGAACGAGAUUGUGGUAUUUAACGCAACUUCAAAUCUGCCUCGGGACCCAGGCGAUGUGAUUCACCGCGUUGCAUUGAGCAAAGGCCAGGAAGCCAACGAUCUCGAUAUUCUAGAGCCAGAGGACGGACAAUUCAAGAUCGCCUACUGUACGGAUAACGAUGUGUAUGUUCAGGAGAUCAACUACGAUUUUGGAAAAAAGAAACCACUUGGAAUGCUGCACUCGCCGGAAAAGAAGUACACCGUCCCCUUUCCAGAUGUCUUUGAGAAGAAAGGCCGAUCUAAGAUUCGGUGUCUCCGCUGGCUUUCUCCUUCGCACUUGCUCCUCCUUGCGAAUCUACCAAACAGGACCGGGGUCGAGCUUCACAUUCUACGAAUCUACGGCGACACUAUGGGGAGUAUCACUCUCCGAAAGCGUUUAUCUAGACACGUGAAGGCUGCAGUAGAUAUGGAUGUUGCGUGUCUUGACCCUGACGGCGCUGGAGCUUAUCAGAUCGUAAUGGCUGUAGCGGGAAUUGAUAUAAGCAUUAGCCUUCUCACCAUGGAGUAUUAUGGCACCAGCAAGAACAGUGUCAGCAGUUUCCAUUCCUACGCAACCUAUCGAGAUGUACACCCUCUUCAGAUGACGAAGCUGAUCUUCUCCCCGUUCUUCUCCCCUUGGACGGCUCCCCAGGCACCCCCUUCAAAGAAACCAGGACCUCAGUACCUUCGUUUGGCUUCAAUAUCUCUUGGGAAUACCAUAUCUGUCGAGUCAUUCACUCUCCAGCCUGUGUCUAGCAAGCCUCGCUCGCGGUACCUCCUUAGUUCUGCCUCCUCACGAAGACUCUAUCAAGGUGCCAUGUAUUUCUCAAUCGCGUUCGUCAUUGUUGCCAUAGCGAUUUUAGUGCAAUCGCUAUUUGACCCUGAAGGAACUAUGACCAAGGGACUCGUGUCUGAGGACAUUCGCAGGGCAGUUGGGGGACUGAAACCCCCAGGUCUAGUGAUGGAGGAAGCCCACUUAGCAAGGGCAGUAUCAGAAGGCAUGAAGACUCCUGCGGCACAGGCUCCUCAGCGCCUACGCGAUCUCUUGCAUUUUCAUCACCAAGAAAACCACGCAAAUACCGAGAAGAAAGCGGUCGUCAUCCGCCACGACCCCAACGCAGACUCCUCACUGAGUACAGAAGUUCACACCGACACCAACGAGGCAGCCAAGAAGCACACAGAAGCGAAGAAAUGGGAGGAGCUGUCGCACGCUGAGCGAAGUAGGUGGAAAGAAAAGCUGAUCAAGGCUGGUAUGUGGGCAGUGGACGAGGGGGAGACAGUGCUCAAAGGCAUCUUCUUUAGUGAAGCCGCAGGCAUAGUGGGGGCAAUGGCGCAGGGUAUCAUCAACGGGUGA